AUGAAAGACCGCACAUGUCUUAGCAAGCCUCAAUGUCUAUGUCCAUCUUACAACCGCACUCUUUCUCCUCAUAAUGCUGGGCCAGAGCAAUGGAAAGUAUCGUGGAAGGGAGACAAGUCCGAGUCCCGAUACAACAUUGUUCAAGGACAGGUAUAUCAUGAUAAGCAGCUCCUGAGACUUGCCAGAUAUCAAACAUCCCUAGAUCUCAACUCGAAUCUCUGUUUUACCACUCCCUUUACCGCUCAACUUUCAAUAUCCUCCAUCGGCAAGCCCUCAAAAGAGAUACCGACAUCCUUUCUAUCAUUUCUUCGACGCUUCAUUCCUUCCCGGUCGACUGACGAGCCUCACAAACUGACUUCUCCCAAUCCUGUCUCUAAAUCAGGCACCAUGGACGGUUUCUGUAACAGACUUCAAACCUUCUACGACGACGCAAGCAAGGGGAAAUGGGCGCUCACCAUGCCUUCCGCCGAGGACAUGGCUGGAGCUGGUUUCCGGUUCCAGGGAGAGUCGUCCCGCGACGUCGCUAUUUGCGACAUUUGCCAAGUGAUGGGCUGGAAGUGGGAGACGAAGGACGAUCCUUUCGACGAACACGUUAGAAAUGAACCGAAAUGCGCCUACGUCCAAUCAGAUAUGUUCAAGAAAUUCCACGAGACUUUCGCCAAGAAGAAGGCGAUGCUGGCUCAUACGCCGCCCGUCACCCCCAUGACCCCCGACAACGCCGGUGGCGGUGGUAAGAACUCGAGAAACACCACGCCCCGCAAGAGACGGACCAAGCUGGCCUUGUCUGAAAUACACACGGUGGCUUCGGUGGAGCCCAAGGCGGCGGCGGCGACAUGCUCGAAGAGAGAGCCCAUGGAGAUUACGGUCCGUGGACCGGGUGUUCGGCUGCUUCUUGAGGUCAACGGCGGUGCUGAAGACGGCGAGUACGGACAAGACACCCGAGCCUACGUCGACCAGCAGUGGACUGAAUGGAUCGUCUGAACGAAAGCCACAACUGCGCAUGUAGUUACCUACAUAUCUUCAACUGCUGCAUAGCUGCUAUUUUAUCAGCACGGAGUCUGUGUCUUAUAUGUGAGUCGGAUGAGUAGCUCGAGGAAAGGAAUACUCGAAUCUCUGGUCCGGAUGGAGGAGCGACAAGGCACGAGCAUGACUUGCUGUUGAGUCCCAUAACCGAUAACCUGGGAAGUUUGUGGCUCAUACGUUGUGUUGCCUCACGACUAUGGCAUAAAGGCCACAUCCCUCCUCUACUGGCUGGUCAGAUUGGCUAGGAACCCAUGUCAGAGCCAAACUUCUCUUUGAUCUGCUUCCCCAAGGACGGAAGGGGUCUGGGGCAUUCCAUUGUGUAUGCGAGCUACUUAGUUUUCCGGCUGUCAGCCUCAUUGACCUUCACAGUCGAGG